AUGGCUGACCGGAAAGCUGUCAUCAAGAACGCAGACAUGGCGGAGGACAUGCAGCAGGAUGCCAUUGACUGCGCCACACAGGCCCUUGAGAAGUACAACAUCGAGAAGGACAUUGCCGCCUUCAUCAAGAAAGAGUUUGACAAGAAGUACAACCCGACCUGGCACUGCGUGGUUGGCAGAAACUUCGGCUCCUACGUCACGCACGAGACCAAGCAUUUCAUCUACUUCUACCUCGGACAAGUGGCCAUCUUGGUCUUCAAAUCUGGCUAG